AUGAGCGUAGCGUCCCUUCGACAAAGCAAUGACAAUACUUCCACUCAAGCCCCGGUAGUCGACCUGGGCUACGGAAUAUAUGAAGGCUACUACAACGCCACAUCUCAACUCAAUAUAUUCAAAGGGAUUCGCUAUGCUGCCCCGCCCACUGGGACAUUGAGAUGGCAAAAACCACAAGCACCAGCAACAAACCGAAGCCAAACGAUCUCCGCAAAAGCAUACCCACCACGAUGUCCGCAGAGCAACGAUGCUCCGAUGCCAGCAAACUACAAUUUCACCUCCUCCGGCCUCGGCAACGAAGACUGCCUCUUCCUCAGCGUCUUCACCCCCCAACACGCAACCAACCUCCCAGUCCUCAUCUGGAUACACGGCGGCGGCUACGGCACCGGACAAGGAAACAACGACCUCUCGGAACUAAUCAUGACCAACUCGCACGGCUUCAUCGUAGUAAUAAUCCAAUACCGUCUCGGAGCCUUCGGAUUCCUAUCCUCUGCCGAAGUCUCUCAUUUCGGGACCCCGAAUGCUGGGUUGUUUGAUAUGCAUUUCUCGUUUCAAUGGGUGAAGAAGUAUAUCCACCUCUUUGGAGGCAAUGCUUCGCAUGUGACGAUCUCGGGAGAAUCCGCUGGUGCUGGCGCUGUGAUGCUUCAGGCUAUGGCGUAUGGUGGGAAACAGGGCACGGAGCUGUUUAGUAAUGCUAUUGUUGCGAGUCCGUAUUUGCCUACGCAGUGGGGGUAUGAUGAUUUUGUGCCGACGCAGUCGUAUUAUUUGUUUGCGCAGGCUGCUGGAUGUUUUGAUCAGAUGUUGAAUACUGUCAACUCGACGAUCUUUGAGUGCUUGCAAAGGAAGGAUACGGUUACGUUGCAGAAUGCGAGUGCGUAUAUAUCUGCUGAUGGGAAGUAUGGACAGUGGGCUUUCCUCCCUGUCACGGAUGGGGAGUUCAUUCAGAAGAGACCUUCAGAACAACUGCUCGCUGGAGAAGUCAACGGGUUGAGGAUGCUUUCAGGGAACAACGCAGACGAAGGACCCGGCUUCGUCCGCCAGACCAUCACAACAGAAGCAGACUUCAACACCUACACCCAGAGCCUUUUCCCACUAAUGAAGGACACUCUCCUCACCCAAGUCCAAACUACCUACGCCAUCGCCCCCACCACUCCCGGACCGCUAUUCAGCACCCUCGGCUCUUCCGGUCCUACAGCACUCAACCAAUCCGAAUUCGGCAUCGGGCAACAACAACGUCUCGAUAACUUAUACGCAGAAACCACAUUCGUGUGUCCCAGCUACUGGCUCGCGAGCGCGUACUCCCGAGCCUGGAAAUACCAAUAUUCGGUCCCGCCGUCUGAGCACGGGGCUGAUCUUGAUGCUUAUUAUGCCAUCAAUAGGGAAGCGUUGGGGUAUGGGACGCUUUCCCCGGGAUUCAGGACAGCGGUGCAGAUGAUUUGGGGACGGUUCAUCAUGUUUGAUGAUCCGACUUUACCUAUGGAUGUAGUGAAGAGUAUAACGAUGACGGAAAAUGGGACUACCACAGGGGAUGAUAUUGUUGCUGCUGGGACAGGCAGCUGGCCUGUCUGGGGAAGAGGAGGAGAGGCGGGGUAUAGGAUGUUGAAUUUGAAUAUGACUGGUGGGCAUGAGACGAAGAUUCUUUGGAGUAGUGCAGAUGGUGUCAAGUUUAACGUGACGCAGUAUGCGGGGCCGGGACUAACGGCCAAUUUUGAUGUCGUGGAUGCAUGGAGUUGGGAAGGUGGGAGAGGAGCAAGAUGUGAGUUCUGGGCUGAUAUUGGGAAAUGGGUUCCAGAAUAG